AAGAAAGGGACGACCACAACAAAAUUCUAAACCAGCCAACUCCGUGGUUGGCGAUUUGAAGCCUCAAAUCGGCUCGUCUCUCUUGCAGCUUGCAGCCUCUCCUCUGAUGAUGCUCGUCUCUUUGAAGUCCAUGGGCUCAUUCCUUUCUUCCAUCGCACCGGAGCAAUGGUGAUACUGUAACCUACAGAAUGCCAAAUAUAGCCACAGCACAGUGCUGAUGAGACUGUCACUCGUUGCUUUGCCGCCAGCAUUAUGAUAUUGGCGCAUUCGAUGGCCUAAUCGGCAUCGAGCACCUCUCGGAUGGCGAAGUCCGUUCCACAAACAACAAAACUUCUCUCGCCGUUGAAUGAUCCUUGAUGCAUGGUGCUGAGAAAGCCGUCGAUUCCAAGCCACCCAGUUCCAAGGACCUGGCAAACAAGGACCCCGCACCAGAUCCGCUCCAAAGGAGCCAAAAGGCUGCUUUGGUAGACGAUUCCCGCGAUGAUGAUCAACCGGUCAAUGCGUCGACCUCCUCUCUUUCCUCGGACGUUUCCACCUCCUCCAGCCACAGCGAAUCCAGCUCUCACGAAGACGAAGACGAUGAUGAAGUCGACUUGGAAAAGCAAGCACUCAAGAGAUCGACGCCACAAGUUCGCAGUCUCAGCAACUUGAGCAACUUGACGACGACUAGUUACCGCUAUCCGCUGGAAAAGCUAGGGGUAAGACUAGAUACUAUUUAUAGUGCAACAGAAGAUGCCAGUACCGACAAUGCUAGCACCAGCACUACGAAACUGCAGAGGCUGUUGGAAGACUACAUUGACAUGGAGACCAAGUUUCGACAAGAACAACGCAAGCAUCAGGAAACUAUGCGGGAAAAGGAAAAGCUACAGAUGCAACUCACCGGUACUAUUGAAGUCGAAUUGUCGGAUGACACCAAACCUGCGAGUUCUACUAGCACCAUUCUUAGCUCGAGGAGUGUCGUUUCCAAUAUUUUGUGUCACACUUUGGCGUCGGAUAUGGAUGAAAAGAGUGCCGCCAGCAGCAGUAGCAGCAUCGAGAGUAAGGCAAGCAAUAAGAGCAGUAAUAGCAAGAAAAACAAAAGCAACCACAAAAGCAGGAGCGACAAACAGUCCGGCGUGGACAGUGCCUCAGGGGUCGAAGAAGCCACGACACCCGACGUGGAGCACCCCAACACUAAGAAGAAAACUUCCGAAGAUGACAACAAGACCGAGAAUGAAAGCGAUGGAUCCGACAGCCAUAGUGAAUGUCUCAUGGUUCAGACUUUCGGAUCCCACGACAUUAGCCUUCUCCUGGCUGAAGAAGCCGACCCGGAUGAUCCUGCCAUGGCCGAACACCUGGGAGACUCCCGUCAGUACUGGCGAGAUAUCAUUUUGGGUGUCAAUGAUGGGUUGGUAUCCACUUUCCUACUCGUUGCCGGUGUAGCUGGUGGCGGAUUGAGCACCCUUGACAUUCUCCUCACUGCCAUUGCUGGAGCUGUGGCGGGCGCCGUCUCCAUGUGUGCCGGUGAAUACGUCGCCACCAAGAGUCAAAACGAAGUGAUUGACGGAGAAAUCAAGAUGGAAGAAAAGCACAUUCAAAAGUACCCACGGGAAGAACUCCGGGAAGUGGCUCCGCUGCUCGAAUUGAUUGGAAUCACUGACAUGGAUCGAUCCCUGCAAAAGCAACUCGUUAAGCACUACGCCAAGGAUCGUGAUGCGCUCCUCCAGCUUAUGGUUGUUCUCGAAUUGGGCUUCUUGGAGGAUGAACAAAGAUCUCCAGUCAAGGCUGGCUUUGUUUCCUUCUUUUUAUUCAUCGCGGGAGCAAUCCCUUCCGUUCUCCCCUUUACGAUUGAUGGCAUUGACCCAACCUCGGGCCUGAUUGUUGCGGCAGUCGCCACGAGUACGGCGCUACUCAUUGUGGGGGCCGUCAAGACGUGGGCGUCCAAGGGCAAUUGCUUCUCGGCGGCGCUUGAAAACCUCAUUGUGGCUGGAUUUGGUGGAGCUAUUGCCUAUUGUACGGGGUUGCUUACCGAACGCGUCCUUCGCAGCUCCUGAACAGCAGUUUGCAAGAGAUACGUGAAUCUUUAAGAGCAAGUGCAGCAACCUGAACAGUAGAUCAAGAGCAAGUGAAACCUUCGAUCGUUAUUCGUUUAGACACAAUUCACACGGACGGGCGCGAUGAGGAAUGAACAAUCAGCGCCACAAAGCAUUGCUCCGAUGAAAAGAAGUGCGAGGGAGAGAGCCAAGAGCCGAUGCAUCCUGAUGCCGCCAAUAGAUGUUGCAUAAUUUUGGAAGUCAGUUUCGCAGAGAUAACCUGAUAUAUACGAAUGCACAUAACGGUAGCGUUGUCUCUAGACCGGUAGAAAGGUGGACUGCAGU